UCCAGGUGGGGAGGAGAGGAGUGAGCGGCCAGGUGAGGCUGCUGCACUCUCACCGGGACAAAGGGAGCAGGGCUACAGAGCGGCUCCUGGGCUUAAAGUAUCACUUUGAACACCUUUUUCUAUUGUAACAAUGGUUUUGACGCAAGAAUCCGUCCUGUCUCUGCUGAUAGCGGAGGGGGGGAAAGUAAAAAAAUCCGACUUGGUGGGGAAAUUCAAAGACUCAAUAGACUGCGAGGAUCCUGCGGAGAAAGAACGGAACAGGGAGCUUUUCAAGACCUAUGUCAACAAUGUCGCAGUCGUGAAAGAAAUCGACGGCGUCAGGUACGUGGUCGUCAGGAAAACGCAUCAGCAUUUACUGGAAGGAGCCAGGACUGCGGAGAGCCGUGUGCAAGAGCCCGACGUUAAAGAGACCCCGCUGACAGGUGAGCAGCAGCGCCCACCUGCGAGGACUGAGAAGACCGGAGGCUGUGAUGGUGCAGAUGGGGACAGAUCAGCUGUUUCAGAGCCAGAUCAGGAGCAGGCAGGUGAAAGCAGAGACAAUCCUGCAGAACUACUUUCUCCUAUACAGCUGGCGUUGCAAAGGAGCAAAUAUCCAGAUGUUAGAGUUAAGAGAAUGCUGAGUGUUGAGAUCAAAAGGCAGGACGCACAUGGAGAUAACGGUUCAAGAAGGGGUGCCCCGAAUGCGCCCACCGCCACAAAGAGCAAACCGUACGCCUUACCUCUGAGGGUGCCAGCCAGCACCACCCAAGUGGAGAUCCGCAAACUGAAAGCGGCCCCGGAAGACCCGCCUGAAAGCCCCAAACUGGACUCCUUCCGGAGCAAGAGACGGCCCUCUUCAGGGGAGACGAAAGUCAGCUCACCCCAGCUGAGAAGGUCAGUGAAGAGCAGCAAGGAGUCGGAGGAGCCCGGAGAGACGAGGGCCCCCUCCGCGGUUCCCCUGGAGCAUUCAGAGCACGAAUGGCUGGUCAAGUGCGCCGCCGGCCACUGGAGCCAAGUCUACGGCCUGCUGCUGAGAGACAACCAGCUGGCAGAGAAGAGGGACUUCAUGUCAGGGUUCACCGCUCUGCACUGGGCAGCCAAGUGUGGGAACAGCGAAAUGCUUGUGAAGAUUGUCGACCUAUCCAGGCAAGGUGGGGUUGACAUCGACGUAAACGCCAAAACACACGGCGGGUACACUCCUCUGCACAUCGCGGCCCUGCACCACCAAGAGUACAUCAUGGCCAUGCUGGUGGGGGAGCUGGGGGCCGAUCCGAGCGUCAGGGACAACUGCGGGAAGAAGGCCUACCACUAUCUGCGCAAAGGCGUUUCUGAGACGCUGAAGGAGAUGCUGGGCGUAACAAAAGCCCCGGAGGCUCAGGACCAGGGCGCGGAGGAGAAAGAGGAGCUGGACCUGUUCCCGGAUCUCUCCAAGGGCCUGUAUUCCAUAAGCCGUCUCUUCCAGCCCCACGCGACGGGCCACAAGAAGAAGCACAAGCAGAGGCUGGGAUUUUACUCCCUGAGCGAAGAGCCCAGCGAGGAACGAGAAGACAGUAGCCUCAGACACAGGGUCGUAUCAGAUGUUUUCAUGUAAAGUCAGAGGAUUCACAGGCCUUUCUUCAACAAUGACAAAACAUCUCUCAAAGAAAUCGACGACUUCUUUCUUGCUUUUAUGCUUCAUAUAUUAUCUGACAUUUAGCCAGAUGACAUAAAAUUCUCUUGAGCCAUGGUUGACUGAGACAGUUUUUGUGGGCGAUGUCACCUGUACGAGUUGCAUCUUUUACAGGUGUUAAUUAAAACAUGACUCAUGGAAUAUUCUAGCGGGUCCUGUGAGUCGUCUUAUUACACAACGUCUGUGGUCUCUGAAAGGCCUCGUCAUCAUUCUGCUUUUCUUGCAGUUCACCUUCAGGAGAGGCUUGCUGGGAAAUUAGUAACUGAGUUUACAAAUAUAACAGACAAUAUGUUUAUUUUAUGUUUGUGUUCAAUGAAGUCCCGUUUUUCUAGAUUGAGAAACACACACGUGACUUGAUAUAAAAAUGUAAAUGUUCUCUCUUUAUCUAUUUUUAAUCAAAAUGAAUCAAUAAGACAAAUACCUUCUGUUUCUGAAGUAGCAGAGGAAUCAAGACUGGACUUGUGUGUUUCCAUAUCUGAGUAAUUGAGAUGACGUUGAGUAAUAAAGUGGUCAUCCUCUUGAUUCCCAGAGGCAAACAUGCACAAUUAAA